CCUCCCCUUCGCCCCUCAGUCGGAAGUAGUGGGCAAUCAGUAAGAAAAGUAGGCAGACGACCAAUACCAACGUCAGUAAAGAAGCCAGGUGGACUGUUAGAUCCUUGACAGCUGUCAGUAUGCUACAAAGAUGAUAUGCUAUGUUUCGCGCAUUUAACUACAUUCCAUAUCGAAAAAUGAGGGUUGUUUUCCUUUUAGUUGGAUUUGCCGCAAUCGCAGCGGUGAUAUAUGCCAGUAUACCUUCAGCUGUAACAUACCAAAAAAGAGGACUAUCAGGAAACAACCUUCACGAUGAACUGGUUUUCUUAGAGAUGAAAAUUAGAGAUCUAGAGCAAGGAAAGAAAAAGUAUCCUGAUGUGAAAUUCUUAACCUACAAAGAUCGAAAGAGGAUUUUGGUAACAGGUGGAGCAGGCUUUGUUGGGUCUCAUCUUGUAGAUCGUUUAAUGAUGGAAGGUCAUGAGGUGACAGUAGUUGAUAAUUUCUUCACUGGCCGUAAGCGGAAUGUUGAACACUGGAUUGGGCAUGAAAAUUUUGAGCUUUUACACCAUGACAUUGUCAACCCAUUGUACAUUGAAGUUGACGAAAUUUAUCAUCUGGCCUGUCCAGCGUCUCCUCCGAACUACAUGUACAAUCCAAUCAAGACCAUCAAGACUAGCACACUUGGGACCAUCAAUAUGCUUGGCCUUGCCAAAAGGGUGCGAGCCAGAGUUCUUCUAGCCUCUACAUCAGAAGUUUAUGGAGACCCAGAACAACAUCCACAGACAGAAGAUUACUGGGGUCACGUCAACCCCAUAGGACCAAGAGCCUGUUAUGAUGAAGGAAAGCGAGUGGCUGAGACUAUGUGCUAUGCAUACAAUAAACAGGAAAAUGUUGAAGUACGUGUAGCAAGAAUAUUCAACACAUUUGGACCUCGCAUGCAUAUGAAUGAUGGUCGUGUAGUCAGCAACUUCAUCCUUCAAGCUCUUCAGAAUGAGUCUAUCACUGUGUACGGAGAUGGAACACAGACACGCUCAUUCCAGUAUGUGAGUGACCUUGUGGAUGGCCUGAUGCGAUUGAUGGCCUCUAACUAUUCCCUUCCUAUUAAUCUUGGCAAUCCAGAGGAGCACACAAUUAUGGACUUUGCCCAAAUUAUCAAAAAUCUUGUUGGAGGAGAGAGUCGCAUUGUCACCAAAAAACCCAUGCAGGAUGACCCACAGAGACGAAGACCAGAUAUAACACGAGCUAACAAAUAUCUCAACUGGGAACCCAAGGUACCAAUGAUGGUGGGUAUCAAUAAAACGAUUGAAUACUUCCGCAAUGAGUUACGAAGAUCGCGACACAGUGAGCGGAAUUUCCAUGCACCAGACUACUUUCAGGUUUGAGCUAUAUACCAUGGUAUAUUUUCAGAGGAAAACAGAGUUUUUGUUGGAUUUUCCAUUCUCUUAUAUACUUUUUUAAAAUAAUUGUUUGAACAAUUAUCUCAUGAGGUCAGGGAAAGGAACUAACAUAGGGAUAUUGAAAUUUUUUGUGCAGUGUCAAUGUAUUAAAUCAGAAAAAUCUAAUGUUGCUGGAGUUUAUGUAACAUGAGUUUCUUUUAUUUCUGAAAGUUUGAAAGUACCUGAAAUAAAUUAGAAAGAUUUGAAAAAGUGCUGAUGAGAUUGUGAUGGGACAACAUUUUAGCCAUGACAGAUCUUGUUUCCUUGAGAAUUACAAGGGUUAUCAAGGACCUAAGAAUUAUACUAUCAGCCUAAUCUUUUAUUUGUUUACAAACCGGUUUGUUUUGUAACAACUGUGUGUGUGUGUGCCAUUUUUUUCUGAUGCAACUUCACACAUUCCACUUCACAAGAUUGUAUGUCUGGAUAUAUGACUUAUGCUGUUACCAUGGCAGUUGUGAUAAAUAUUUGCCAUGCAUCAUUGUGGACUGUGUGAACUUGUUUGUGUGGAUUCUAAAUGUAUCAGAGUGAAAAAUAACUAAUUUCAUUAUCAUCCUAAAUUGUAAUUUUGUGUGUGUGUGAGAGAGAUGAAGAGCUCUGUGCUGACUGGUUGAUGCGGAAUUAAACAGACAAGGAAGAUGUUUUAGGGUUUUUUUUCUCUUGUGCAUUUUAAUUUCAUGGUGGUGUGUCAUGGGUGGAAUCCAUGUACAACAAAUUCUGUGGGACACAUUCACUAUAAUGAUGAGAAAUUUAGUGACUUCUAUGUGUAAAAGAAGGCCUCAGUCAGUUGGGAAAACAAUUCUUAAUUGAGAUUCACUUUUAACAGGUUUAUAUAGAAAGGCUCAGCCAUUAUUAGUCAUAAGCAGCUUUAAGUGACUGACAGUGAGGGGUGGCUGUUGACUAUACAGAAUUAGUUAAGGAUGUGUAAAUGCAGUGGUAACAAUGAAAUUUUUUUUCCCAAGUAAAGAUCAUUAUCUAUACAUUCAACUUAGGACUAUAUCACUAGAGAAAAGAUAUCACUUUUCCUCUUAUGUGUAUUUUACAGUCCCUAAAGGUCCGCUGCAUUGUUGGCCAUCUUUGUAAGUGUUCAUGAAAUUUCUUUAAAGAGCAAUUCACCAAAAUCACCUGAAAAUAUAUAUGAUACGUAAACAAACUUAAACAUGCUAAAAGCGCUAGUUUAGGAGCUAAUACAACACUUCUGCUUUUUUAUUUUACCUGAAAUCUGCAUCUACAAAGUGACUUAGUAAGUGUUGUGAGCAUAUGAGUCACAUUCUUUAGGUUUAUGACACCUUCUGACUAUAUAUAUGGUGUAUUAUAGAUAGGGUUCAGUUGGAUACUUUCAACAUCUGUUUGUUUUUUUAAAACAACCUCCUAAUCUAUACAUUUUUUUGGAUAUUCUAAAGUAAGGUGCAAUGAUAACCAUUUAGCUUGUGAGCCUGGAGCCAUGUCUGGGUAAGUGCAGGGUUCAUCACAAUUAGCGGGCAUGCUUCCAGAAAACAUCAUUCUAUCUUCUUGGCAUGAUCCUUUCCUUGCAUUUGGUAAAUUAAAAGGUUCAUGCCCCACAGUACAGUUUUAUGAGAUAUCCAACAACUUUUUAUUGACCAUCCAAGAUUAUUGUUAGUACAAACACAAUUUGUUAUGGAGAUUUUCCGCAGAGAUUUUAAUUUAUUUAAUAUAUUUUCCUUACUUUAUUGUGUUCUGUAAGAUUUACUUAUUCUAAAAGGCUAACACAUCAAAUGCCUUGGAGCCAAAGUAAGGGUGCUAUAAAUUAAACAAUAUUUCUGUGAGUGUUAUAAAAUUGGUAGUUAUUUUUUAUGCUUGCCUUGCAGCAACCUAAUUUCUUAAAAAGUAACUGGUUAACAUGACUUCCAAGUGACAUGAACAGUUGACAAAGUGUAUAGAUUUAUGAUGCAUCCGAAGGCUUUGUGAAAUGUUACAGUGAGAUCUCAUGUCAUGUUACUGCCAGAAUUUUUUGUGAAAUGUUGCUGUAGUAACUUUCAGAAAGCUCACAUUUCUUGUUUAUUUCAAACACAGACUUGGAAUGUGAUUUCAAGGAAGACAGUGCCUUUGGUUGUUAGUCUUUUAAAAUCCAUUCUUGGCAAUUCCAUUUAUUGCAUGAAAGAAGACCAGAAUUGGUGUCUUUAAAUAAAUCACUGUCUUACAAUCAGCAAAACUUUGCACAUCACUACAUGUUCUGACAUUUUCAACCCAAUAAAUGUUAUUUUUGUCCAGUUUUUUGGGCAUUGAUGAAGGUUCUUUGUAUAAUUUCUAUUUAUAAUGUAAAUAUCUGCUUAUUUGCCCCAGAUAUAAUGUGUAGGAAUCCUGCCCUAUGAUAUGUGCCCCCAGAAGUAGUUGUAGCAGAAGGGGGAAGUCUAAUUUUGGAUGCUCAGUUAAGUUGACAUUGUGCCAGAGGUUGACUCCUCUGAUAUAUAUAUAUAGUAAGGAUUUAAUCUGUCAGCUAGGCAUAGCUUCUUGUUUGACAGAAUAUUGUAAGUGACUGGCCAUCUCUGUUACAGCAAGAAGGAAUGUUGACUCUCUCCAGAUGUAGAGCAUCUUUAUUUUUGUUUUGACAUCUUCUGUAAGAUGUUACUCCAGAAUGUGCCUUUUUUUUUUAAAUGUUCUACCAGUUUCUUUUGACAUGUUUGUUUUGAUUUUUUGACAUUGCCUAGUUUGUGAAAACCCAUCUUCAAAAUUGUUUUUAGCUAUUAAGCAAUCAUGUCUACAAUGCUGUGUGGAUCUAACAGCAUGUUCAAUGUCAUCUCAGGGUUUAUUCCAAUUUAAGCUAUCUACAGUAAAGACAGAAGUAAGGAUUGCUUUACCUACUUUCUACGACACAAAUAAAUAGCUUCUUCAUCUUUAAAAUGAUUGAGAACUAUAAAUGUUCAUACUGUGCGUGAAGGAAAACUAUUCAGUGAGAAACAGUCCGUACAUAUUUUGAGUCUUAAAACUUAAUUGUGUUAUUCCUGUUCUCCAAGGAUUUCAAGACUUUGGAUGUAGUGAAAUUAUCCAAAUGAUGACCUUGCUCAAACAGGACAGAUUAUAAAACCGUUUUAUCUUUAUAACUUUUUUAUAUUUAAGUCUGGUCUUUACCAGGCAUUGUUUCUUGACUUCCCACAAAUGUUGGGUUGGGUGCCUUUUCAGCACAGGUAGUUUCAUUAUCAGGCUGGAUGUGGAAGAAAGCACCAGUAUUUCUAAUAUGAGCUGUUGACACUGACCUACCUUCCAAAUGGUUAAGUGCUAUUAUUUUGAAAUGUAGAGAAAAUGCUUUUUGUGCUAAAUGUUGGAUAAUACUGGCAAGCCUUCUUAGCUGUUUAGCUUUUUGGGAGCAUAUGCAAUAUGCUUAAAACAUGUUUAUUAUGCAUACAUUAUGUUGGACACAUCAUAUCACAGUGAAGAAGUUUGGCUUUAAUCUUUUAUACAUUCAUAUUCACAUAGAAUUCUGCAUUACAAAAGCCUGAGGUUAAGGGUGAAUCUUUAAUGAAGUUAAUUAUUUAUGUGAUAACAAGUAGUAGUAUUUUUAAGUGGAAGUUGAAUUUCCAGACAUACAAUGUCUGCCAUAUUUUUUUUCUGUAACAUGCUGAGUGAUAAUCAUGGCCUUCAGUUUUGAUAAAAGAAUGAUCUAUUUUGUUUAAGAGAUAUAUAAUUUUGAAAGAAAGUGUUGUUUCCAAAAGCCAUCUUGUUCUGAGGAAUAUUGUUUGAAAAGAUUUUCAAAUAUUUAUGUUUGUAUUUUACUGAGCUGUUUGUGGUAUUUUGAUGCUUCUUCGGCAUUAUUGACAAAUUUUCAUGUCUUUGAAAACACAUUUUCCUCCCAGAAAAUAAUCUUUAGCUUGGAGCAUUUGACCUUUGUCAGUUUCAGUUUACUGAUCAGAAUGUUUCAUUUUCAUUUCAGUUUUGAAUGAUAACUCAUUUAUUUGAAAAAAGGCAAUAGCGUAUCACUGGUGGUGUUUCUUUGUGAGAAUUGUUGUGUUGCUUUAAUAUUAUCGGGAUUUUAGUUGGUGUGGGCUAAUUUGAGGCUGUUUCUAGUUUUAAAUCUGGGUUAUAUGAAUGCGUAAAUGAGUGGGUUUUUUUUCAACCUGAACUUGACCUAAAAUAAAGACAGUUACUGAUUAUCAAAUGA